UGAAAGUGAAUUAGGUGUCAAAUUAAACUUCUUUUUGUGCUUUAUCUGAUGGGAUAAAUUGCAGACUUGAUUUUUUAAAUCUCAAGAUGUUGUAACAUUGCUACUGGGUGGGUAACUACCAUGCAUUCUGCAGAUAGUUCACCCUGAUGUCAUGCUCGGUCAACUGUGCUCCAGUAAUGGGGGGAAAUGGAUGUUUAAGGUGGCAGAGUAGUUUCAGUUGGGCAGUGCUAUCAUGUCAAGAUUCUUAAAGGUUUUGGAGCUACCAGGCAUGUGCAGGGCAUUCCAUGACACAUCGGAUAUGUGCUAUGUAGAUGUGAGAAGGUAUUGGGAGCAUCAGAAUCUACACAUAAGCAGUUUUAGACGAGUAGCACCAUUGGUGAUGGCUUCCAUCACUAUUGGUUGCAAGUUGACCGAUUGGGCAGGUAAUCAAUCUGAUUGGAUUGGUUAUGCUUUUUGUGGCAACAUUGCACUUUGUUACAUGGAUGUCAGUGUUGUAAACAUUGAAACAAACUGUCUAGGGGGCACUCACAGGUAGACACAAAAUGCUGGAGUAACUCAGCGGGGACAGGCAACAUCUCUGGAGGAAGGAAUGGGUGAUGUUUCGGGUCAAGACCCUUCUUCAGACUGAUUCUAGAGGCACUGUCAGUUCUGUGUACAGCUUUUCAGGACUGUAAUGCUGUUUUGUCACUGCUGUGUCCUGUUUUGUCACCGUUUAAUGAUACCAAAUAGAGUGAAUCAAAUUAGCUAUAGACUGUUGUGGGUACAUGGGAGCAAGUUAAGGUGAAUCAUCUACUCUGCAGUUCUGGCAGAAUGUCAUUUUAUAAUAUUAAAAUUAUGUGCACGGGUCUGAUUAUGUUGAGGUGUCAGUGAGCAAUGAAGUUGAGCCAUAGUUUUCGUGCAUUUACAAGGUAAAUGAUUCAUUGUUCAUCCAGAUGUGUCUUCAGAUGACACAAGGCCAUGCAGGCAGCUCAAGCCCUAAAUGGGUCAUUCAAGACUGGAUCAGAAUCGAGGCCUUAGCAUUAUUAAACAUUUCUAAUGAAGAACGGACUGCAACUGAACACAACCUACCUGCUUCAACAAAGAUUUCUCGAGGAACGUGGUGGGAACAUUUUACCAGCCCAAUGGCGCAAAUAUUGCCAUGUUUUAGACAAAGAAACCAGUCAGUUGGAAGUUUGGAACAUUGGUGUUUGAAGCAGUUGGGUUCUAGAACACAAUAUAAAGGUACAAAAAGUUGAGAAUGUGGCAGUUUAGACUGUUGAAAUUGUGCAAUCGGCAAUAAAAUCUAGAGAGAGGAGAAGCAGAAGUGGCAGAAAUGUUGCUAGGCAAAUCGAGAAGGUAACAAGAGCUAAACUGGUAAGAAGUAAGAUAACACCCACAGAAUAAGCAAAAGAAAAUCAAAAGAAAGUGGAUAUAACAGGAUUUUUUAUGAAAAUUAAGAUCCAUAAAACUGUCAAGAUAGAGGUCAUCUCUAUUAUUGUCAUCUCCAUUGUCCUAUCUUUGAAGUUGAUGAAAUGGCUGGAGAAAAGGCACUAUCAUCAAGUGAUUUUGAAAGUUCGCUCGAAGAGGGAAAAAUCAUUAAAUGACAUGAAACAGGUUAUGGAUGUGAUUAAAACGAUGGGCACUUUUCAAACAAAAAUUGACCAUGAACUCCUUCUCUCACUCCGUGACCUCUGUAAAUCAAUAAAGAAUGGGGAUGUGUCAGCAAGUUACAUACUGCAUGCCUACUUGGACAAAGCUUUGGAAGCCACCAAAAAAUUCAACUGCAUCACAGAAUUUCUGCCAGAAUGCCAAAUGGGGCUUUUAAAACUGCAUCCAAUGAAUAAGGGCCUACUGUAUGGGAUCCCCAUCAGCAUCAAGGAGAACAUUAACUGCAAGGGCCAUGCUUCAACUUGUGGACUGAAGAAAUUUCUAAAUAAGAUUGUCGAUGAAGACUGUGUAAUAGUUCAGGUAUUGAAGAAACAAGGAGCAAUUCCAUUUGUGAAAACCAAUGUUCCUCAGACAUUAUUCAGCUAUGAGUGCAGUAAUCCCAUUUAUGGUCAAACUGUCAACCCACUCGACACCAAGCGGACAUGCGGAGGGUCAUCUGGUGGGGAGGCUGCCCUGAUCGCAGCGGGCGGCUCCAUCCUUGGCAUUGGAACAGAUGUGGGUGGCAGCAUACGCUUUCCAGCUGCCUUCUGUGGAAUCUGUGGCUUCAAGCCAACGGCAAGCCGAUUGAGCAAAAAGGGGUUGACAGUUAAUACAACUGGACAGAGAACAGUUGAAUCAUCUGUUGGUCCACUUGCCAGAGACGUGGACAGCUUGGCUUAUUGCAUGAAAGCUCUACUGUGUGAAGAAAUGUUCGAGUUGGAUCCUAAUGUGCCACCUAUGCCCUUCGAUGAUAUGAUCUAUACUGCCAUCAAGCCGAUGAAGAUAGGCUACUUUGAUAAUGAUAGCUACUGGAUCCCAUCGCCAAGCAUGAAACGUGCCAUAUUGGAAACAAAACAACUGCUGACGGAUGCUGGACACACGUUGAUAUCAUUCACGCCACCAAAAACUUUCUAUGCUAUGAAUGAAAUAAUAUUUCAGGGACUUCUUGCAGACAGUGGUUCGACAUUCCUGGAAAACCUUAAAGGCGACAUUAUCGAUCCUCACAUAAGGGCUCAGGUAUCUGCAUAUGCUCUGCCCAGCGUAAUGAAAAAGCUCUUGUAUUUAAUUUUGAAGCCUUUUAGUCCCAGAGUUGCUGCGGGAUUUAAGGCAAUAUUAGGAAUAGGGUCAGUUAAGGAACUGUGGAAGCAUCACAUUGCAGUUAUGGCAUACCGUGAUGAAUAUAUGAAUGCAUGGAAACAUCAGCAGAUUGAAGUUUUACUCUGUCCAUCAAUAGGACCUGCAUUCAAAAUUGGAUAUGCAGGAAAAUUGUCAGCUGCAUCCAGUGGCAUGAUUAUUUUCAACCUGUUAAAUUUCCCUGCGGGCGUCGUUCCGGUGACCAGAGUAACGGAGGAUGAUGAGAGACAGCUGAUGAAUUAUACCGGUUACAUUAAUGAUAUCUGGGACAGAACUUUCAAGGAGGCUGUGACAGGAGGUGUUGAUCUUCCUAUAUCUGUGCAGUGUGUGGCCUUACCCUGGCAAGAUGAACUCUGUCUUCGUUUCAUGAAGGAAGUGGAAAGACUCGUUAAUUUAAAGAAAAUUACAUAGCUACUUCUGGAACAGAGCAAAACAAAAUGGUAGAAUAAUCUCAGUGACAUAGAGCGAGACUUGCUCUGAGGAUGAUUUUAAAGAAUUAGUCUCUUAAUGUCAAUGAGCUGGAUUAGCUCUUACAUUUACAAUUGUACAUUUCUUCUUGUAGGACAUUUUCAUGGAUGAUAAUGAGGUGAUUAUCUCCUUGUAUUCAUCUCAGAGUUACUCACAAUCAGUUUGUUGGAUGAUAAUGUAGCACUCAAUGUUUAAGCAAAGUAAUUCAAAAACUUGAGCCGAAAUAUAUCAAAUAAAAAUAUUCAAAUUGUAA